AUACCACCAGUGCGAUUGAUAGAAGGCACUGAGCGACGGAUGGCUGAGGCGGAAGUGAAUCUGAAAGCAACAUACGCUAAAGUUGAAGUGAGAGACAAUGGAACUGGCCUCUACACUGUGGAUGGUUAUGGCCUUGAAUAUUUUCGAUCAUUACAAGCAAGGGAAAUUUUUAUGACACCAUUGAUCGUAACGGAUCUGCUGGGAGAAUUGGAUAUAAUUGGUAACAUCACAGAUGGCCCAGGCGGUACCUCGGUUAUACCUCGAGUUAUCCGUCAAGGCGCAUCUCUGUGUAUUGCCGCACUGUUUCCUGAGCAUUUUGACAAACUACGACUAGCUGGUUUGCUAACUCAUGAUCCGAGAACUCGCGAACGGUGCAAGAUCAACCAAAAAGGUGCACGCGCCAAGUGGAUAUGGUUUCUAAAAAGUGCGGAUGGGUAA